AGUUUUCAUAAAAAUACAACUUCACUUGCAAAAACAAAUAUGAUUUCAAACCGAAAAAUUGCGAUUUACAUUUUCUGAAGAAGCUAAAUACGAAAUUAAGAUCACUUUCGUACUGAAUUCGUUCUUGGGACAUGUCUGUAUAUCAAGAAAUGGAAUUAAAUCACAAAACGUCACACCGAAUUUGACACUAGUUGUAUAGAGUCAAAUCAGCUGGGGUUUGCUGCUGCCUGUAAUAAUUAUACCAUGAUGUGCGAGGAAAUUAUAUUUGUUAUAUCCACUACUGUAAACGACUGAAACUGUUUGACAUAUUAGCCCGUUGAGUAAUUUGUAACCGAUUUCGGCAUUCCUAACAACGGAGACACGGAAAAUAUCCGAAUAGUUGGUGAGUUUUUAUUUUCACGAAUUCUUUUCGACAGUGGAAAAUAUUGAUAGUUUCAUGGACACGAAUUCUUUUCGACAGUGGAAUAUAAAAUAACACCGAUGAUCAACAUGAGGAUUCGAAAAUCACAAACACAAAGUGACAUUCUUGUUAAACGUAUGAAGGAACACCCCGAAAUGGUUAAUGGAUUUCCGAAAGGCAAGAAAAAAGAGUCUGAUGAGUUUUGGAGCAAGCUUACAGUUGAACUCAAUGCAAAUGGACCGCCCUUUAAAGAGACCGCCACAUGGAAAAAGACUUGGAACGACUGGAAAAUAUAUGUACGCAAAAAGGUCUCCGUCUACAGGCACUUAAUAACGACAAAGACCGAAGUAGAGCUUCUUAAUUUAUUAGGUAUUGCAGAAAAACGUUUACCAUCACCUGCGAAAAAAAAUCUCGAGGAAGAUGAUGUGAUCGAUGACACCUCCUUAUGUAAUAUAGUUUUUGGAGUCGAUGAUUCGAACAGUUCAACGGACAGUUGCCGUUCCAAUAGCAAUGAAAGUCCCUUGCCUAAACGCAAACGAGUGCCAUCUUCACAGGAGAAUGAAAACACCGUAUUAAGUGAUACUUCAAUUAAAGAAGAUCUGAUAGGGUUUCCUUCGCGUGAAUCAAGUACUUCACAAAAUGCUCAAGAUAUCCCUAGUAAACAAUCAAAGUUAGAAAAUAAAACUGUCCAUUGUUUUAACCGUAUCUUCAGCACCUUAAAUGACAUUUAUAAAAUACAAAAAGAGACAAAAAAAGAAAAUGAACGCCAUCACAGAGCUAUGGAGGAGUUGUUGCGAGAAAAGAAUAUGAUCAAAAUGAGGUCUUUGGAGCUACAAGAACUAAAAUAUAAAUUUGAAAUGGAAAAACAACAAGGCAAUGAUGUUUUGCAUGGCACAAAGCGUUAAUAAUGCUUUGCAUUCACCUAAUACAUUACUUGAUGAAUUGAUAUUUUAAUUUUCAAAAUUAAUAUUCCAAAUGAAUUUGAUAUGUUGUAAGAAAAUGUUAACUUCAUAUUUUGUAUGAAGAUAAAAUAAUUGCUAUAUUUUAAAUAUUUCAUAGGAAUGUGAAAGCUUCUUAAAAAUGCAGAAAAUGAAUUACAGUUGCUUAAUAGUUUGAGUAUUAUAAAAUAAUAAAAAAAAUUAUGAAAUUUUCCUAUUACAUGCUGUGAAAAACAAAAUUGAAAUAUUAUUGAGUUUUGUCUUUGUUAGGGCGAAAAUCACAUGUUUAGGACUUUAUUUGCUUUAAUUUGUUCUACUUAAGCUCUAAAA